CCUCCCCUCCGCGUCCAGGGGCUCGCGAUCUCCGGCGCUCCGCCCGCCUCGAGGCAGCUCAGCUUGGUGGCCCUCGAGGAGGACUGACGAUCGCGGAUCGCCGCGGCCCGAACGCGGCGGGGAAGGAGGGCGUCCGCCGGGCAGCGCGGCUGACAUCUGCGGUCACGGGGUCGGCCUCCCGCGCGGAGAGCGGCCCCGUGCGUCCCUCCGUGAGUCGAUCGGUGGGUCCGUGCAGCCGGCUCAAAGCCCUGGGCUCCCGGCACCAAAUGGGAGGCUACACCAGACCGAUGGCGGCGGCGGCGGCCCUGUCGGGCCCGGGGGUGCGGCUGUCGCCCUCGGCGGCGGCCCGCGGCUCGUACGGCGCCUUCUGCAAGGGGCUCACGCGCACCCUCAUCACCUUCUUCGACCUGGCCUGGCGGCUGCGUACGAACUUCCCCUACUUCUACGUGGUGGCCUCGGUGAUUCUCAACGUCCGCCUGCAGGUACAUAUUUAGAGCAACUAACUUUGUGGCAUUCGGGGUGGGGGGCCCGGCGGGAUGGCUGGCUUCCACCCACCGGCUCGCCAGCCCUAGAGCAAAGCGGCCAGUUCGACUCUCCCGCACGCAGACUUGCCGGUCUGCCUUUCCACUGCCUUAUCUUUUAAUGUAAAUGGGCGGCUAGAAAUCAUCGUUUGCCCCAAGCCCACAGUACAACCAGGAAAGCCUAAGAUAGAAUGAAAAGGUGAUUCUCUAGGAAAUAGAUAAUUCAAGGAACAAGGAAAGAACUUUAAACUCGGAAAAUCCUCACAAAUAUUUGAGAGGCUCUUGCAUCCAUAAAAACACAAAACAGCCCAAACGGUAGGAAAUGACAAUGGUCACAGGAUGCCCGAAGGGGGAAAACAAGAGGAAAGGUUGCUAAGAACUUAAAGGUAAACUAACCGUACCGUAGUGGUGCAACUAGGAGGCAAAUCUUCCAAACGAGAAAAAGGGGGUGAACAGACUUUCAACGGAAGGGAAUGAAUUCUGAGCAAUAGAUGGG